GCAGGCAGCUCUGAAACAGAAAGAGACAACCCUCGUCAUGACGGAUUGAGCAUGCUCCACAAAACAAAAGUAGUAGUGAGCAGGAAAUUAAUAAGGUCGCAUUUUUAGCCGUCAUAGUAGUACAGUAAGUAACCCACAAGGCAAAAUAAUCUUUAUUUAUUUAUUUUCCCCCUUUUCACCAUUACGUUGUAACCUAGGCUUGACUGUAAGAGACAGCUUUAUUCAGCAGUCGGGUGUUUUCAUAUUUUUUGUGAAGAUCUUUUCAAAGUGGGAACUACUUCCUAUUUCGACCAAAACAAACAAUGACGGGAAACGAGAGAGAGCUAAACUGAGGAAUCAGAUUCAGAGCUCGCCGGAGCGAAUUUGCAAAUGCUCCCGAAUGACAAAAGCGGUGUUUUUAGAAGCCAGGUACGGGAAACAGAAACGACAUCAACACGUACGAUGAACUACAGAAACUUAACUUCCACCGGGGCGAGCGGUGGCAAAAGUUCUGCCCCGUUAAAUGCCUUUGUAAACGGGCAAGGCCGUGGCUCUGGUGCCGAGUCAGCGGGUGUUUUUGGACCGAACCCAUGUGACCAGGAAGACUACUGUUGCAUUUGCAUGGACAAAAUCCAGUGGAAAAAAACGCUGGACAAAUGCCAGCAUUCGUUCUGUCGGGAAUGCAUCGACAGCGCGUUCCAGGUCAAGAGCUGCUGUCCUGUGUGCAUGACGUUUUACGGGGAACUGACCGGCAGUCAGCCCCGAAAUGGACAAAUGACAGUGACCAGGCAACCGGUCGGGUUACCGGGCUACGAGGACCACGGGACCAUCAUAAUAAACUACAGUUUUUCCGAUGGCAUACAAGGGCCCGAGCAUCCCAGUCCUGGAGUUAGCUACACGGGGACCUAUCGAGAGGCGUACCUGCCCGACAGCGCGGAGGGGAACAAGGUGCUGCGUCUGCUGCAGAGAGCGUUCCAGCAAAGGCUGGUCUUCACCGUGGGCACGUCUGCCACCACGGGCAGAUCCAACACGGUCAUCUGGAAUGACAUCCACCACAAGACCAGCAGCCAUGGCGGCUCGCAAUGCUUCGGGUAUCCAGACCCUGGCUACCUGCUCCGAGUGCAGGAGGAGCUCAGAGUGAAGGGGAUCACUGAGGAGGGUGUGAGUGAGCCUGCAGGGAGAGUGCACUGAGUCUGGACUGAGAGAAUGGAGCCUGAGGAGAGAGCCAAGGGCUAUUUCAUGUAAUCAGCAACCAAACCCCUAAUCCCACGACAAUCACCACAUGCAUUGACAACACAUUAUUCACAAGCAAGAACCGGAAAAAAAAAAACUGUUAAUCAAAUCCUGUGCAAAAUGCAUGUGCAGAUUCUUAUACAUAGUAAUACAAUAUAUGAUAAAUAGCAGUUUCACCCAUUCCAGGUUUCAAUAGAAGUUGGAUUAGCUCCAGUGUAUAGGUAACAAGCUCUGGUGUGUCUUAUUAAACUCCUAGCAAAACAACCAGGAUAGGAUCAAACUGCUGUGCAAUUUCCAUCCCUGAAUAUAUGCAUUAAGAAAACUGUACUAUUAAAAACUGUGAGAACCUUCAAAGGUAUAGGCUGGUAAUAUCAUAUCAUGUCAUAUAUAUUGUACAUAUCUUUCUCAUAUAUAUACAGGAUUGAUCGAUCAAUGUUUUAUUGAGGCUCAUGUCGAUCAAUAAUCAUUUCAUUAUUGAAUCUCUUCUGUUUUCGUAUCACACUUUGACAGUCUGCAGUCUACAGAACUAAACUCUAGCUCUGGAGGUGGAUGUGUUCAUCCUAGUUCAUGUAUAAUUGAUAACCAAUGCUUUAAACCCCAUUGCCUUUACGUGCUUUAGUAACAGUAUUAAUGUCUUUUGGUUCUUCAGUUGCUUUGUCACUUUAAGAGUCACAGUACCGCGCUAUAGACUGAACCGCUGGUGCUCCCGCAGGUCGGAUUGCAGAGUGUUGGUCAGUUUGAACUACGACAUGUGAAGGAAGCAACGGAAAGGGCUGUUUUUGCAAUGCCUAUGUAUUGCACAUUGAGGGUUACCCUGUGACUCCGUGUACACUAGGACAGAAUGGGACAGUUCAGGCUUUUCAACGCGCACCCCAAUGCAUUCUGGUAUUAACUCUCGGGUAUCUUUCACAGCAGGACUACACUUACCAGAAUGCACUGCGGCAUGAGUUUGAAACGAGGCAUAUGUUUGUUAAUCCAAUCCAAAUUGAAGUGUAAAAUGCAACCAAAGUAAAAAAAAAUAAUACUCGUUAGCACUACGUUUAUAGAGAAAUCGAGUUGUGUUGUUUUUUUUGACGUGUAAAGUUUUUCCUUCGGAGCCUUUUUAACAGGCCAUGUUUUUGUUUUGGAGAAGCAAGAGAACUUCUUCCAGUCGGCCAGCAGAUGGCGCCCUACACACACGCGUCAUUAUUUCCCAAAGGUGUGCUCAUGUUCUGAUCACUAUCCUUGGCUUGCUAUUGUAUUAAUAUUGAAGACCUGCACCUUUCAAAUUGAUUGAAUUUCCAAUUCACCUUCCUAGGGACCAUCGAUAAUACAGGUCAGUUUUAUUUUUCAACCAAGAUGCAUUUUCUUUACCUUCCUGAAAUACAAGCACAAUAAUAAUAAUAAUAAUAAUAAUAAUAAUAAUAAUAAUAAUAAUAAUAAUAAUAAUAAUAAUAAUAAGUUACUGAUAUAAAGUGCAAAAGAUGUUUAUUGAAAUUAUGCUUGGUCUUGUACAAAGGUGUCUUACUUUUUUUUCCGUAUUAAAGCUGUUUAAAAAUAAAAUUUUCAGUGGAACAGUUGUCUUUCUUUACAUUACAUGGAAUCCAUUAGAUUCUGUGACAUUUAAUAAAAUCCCUGCCUUCAGUUGAUGUCAGUGUUAUUCUCUUGGGUAUCAGUGCAGCCCACAUGUUUUAACACAGUGGAGAAACAUCACAGUCUUUGGUUCAUCUGCAGUUCCAACAGCUAAUUCACCAACUUAAUGUUGAAUAAUAGAUAUAGUCUAGAACAGUAUAGUCUAGAAUAGUAUAGUCUAGAACAGUGUAGUCUAGAACCGUACAGUCUAUAAUAGUAUAGUCUAAUACAGUAUAGUCUAGAAUAGUAUAGUCUAAUACAGUAUACUCUAAAACACUAUAGUCUAGAAUAGUAUAGUCUAGAAUAGUCUACCUCAUACCUAACUGUACAGAAGCUAUCAGGUGUUCCAUUCUGAAAAUCCAAUCAAAUCCUAUCACCUUUUAAGAAUUUUUUUAGCACAGAUAUAACAGAAAGGUGCUUUUUCUCCAAGCGAUAAUAUGCUUUUAAACAACUGCACAGCUGUUCUGGCUCCACACAGUAUUCUUUUCCAGCACGCCACGGGCACAGCACAAUUCAGCCUGAUGAACGCAGAAAUGAAAACCCAUUCAAAGCAACAAAGGGGAGUCUGGCGACAGGGGAAGCAUUCAGGGAAAGAGACCACACCUUGAAACUGGAAGCACAGUCUCCGACAAAUUGUAUGAAUGCUGCGGAAUAUCAUGUAACCCGAUACUGACUGCUUAUUAUUAUUAUUAUUAUUAUUAUUAUUAUUAUUAUUAUUAUUAUUAUUAUUAAUUUAGCAGACGCUUUUAUCCAAAGUGACUUACAGAGACUAGGGGGUGAACUAUGCAUCACAACUGCUGCUGCUGCAGCGUCACUUGCAAUAGGACCUUGUUUGUUUUACGUCUGAAGGACGGAGCACAAGGAGGUGAAGUGACUUGCUCAGGGUCACACACAGGGAGUCAGUGGCUGAGGUGGAAUCUGAAGCCCUUUUCUUAAACCACUGGACCCCCAUCUGACUAGUUUUUAUUGUGAUUAUUUGUAUAGUACGGCCCAAACCAUUCCUAAAAUAAAAUCAAAAAAUGAGAGAGAAAGCUGCAAGAAGCGCAGCUUUGAAAAUCUUAGAACCAAGUUUUCUUUCCAAAUGGUUAAAACGCCAGUGCAAUUCCUAAAACGAAUAAGAAACAACACACCCCUUACUGAGAAUACAUCCUACACCUCAAUUACAUUUCUUCAAUGGUUGAUCUUCGGUCUGGUAACUUUAUUGCAUGUGUUAUAUCUCCUUUCUGAAAAAUAAAGAGGUCCUAAUGAUUCUGAGCUGCUGUUUCUCGUCCGAUUGGUCUGGUUUGUGACUCACAAGACUGUGGUUCUGUUUGAAUGAUGUCCCCGGUGGUGGAUCUGAACAUUUCCAUUCUGGGUCACUCCCUGCUGUAGUGUUACUGUAUGUCAAUAACCAGUUAAAGCCUGUGCUGUUUGUUACUUUUCAUGCAUCAACACUGACAGCUCUUUCUCUUAGGGGAGUGAGGGAGCAGUUCAGUCUCCAUACCUCAAGCCUGCCCUGGACUGGAGGGAGCACCCUUUCUCUUAGGGGGUGAGGGAGCAGUUCAGUCUCCAUACCUCAAUCCUGCCCUGGACUGGAGGGAGCACUCUUUCUCUUAGGGGAUGAUGGAGCAGUUCAGUCUCCAUGCCUCAAGCCUGCCCUGGACUGAAGGGAGCACCCUUUCUCUUAGGGAGGUGAGGGAGCAGUUCAGUCUCCAUACCUCAAGCCUGUUUGUUACUCUUAAUGCAUUAACACUGACAGUUUGAUUAUCUACAGAAUACUGGAGUGAUUAUUUGAUACAGAAUUUUCCCACCCUUUAAUAAAAACAUCCCAGAUUGACGUCACCAGUGAAGCAACAUGAUAGCGGUUUUUAAUAUCUCAGAACUGGAACUGCAGUAUGGAAAGCACCUUCAUUACAGUUGCCUCUAGCCUAAAAAAAAAAACAGUAUUGCAAUUGAAUUUAAUGCUUUCUCACAGUUAGUUGUAUGGAUAGCAAGCCCAGUUGGUGACUGAGUGGGCAGCCUUAGGAGGGCUUGGUUUGAGUUACAUAGUAUAGCAGAGUCUAGGACAGACACGUA